AUGUCGUUUGAUUCCUUCAGCAUGUAUCAGCUUGAUACGCCAAAUAUGCUAGGUGGCCAGAAUGCCCAAUCUUCACAUGACAACUUUCAAUUAAGUCCAUUCGAUACCUGCCAAGUCCCUGGCAUGAUUCAGUAUCAAAUGGAUAUGCAGCGAGAUCUACAGGAAGAUGAGGAACCAAAAUCAAAUCCGAGGCCCAAGCUCGGCUACAAGCGAGCCUCAUCAGCAUGCAAGCAAUGCAGACAUCGCAAGAUAAGGUGCAUCGCCUCUUCUUCCGACGCCCAAGCUCGUUGCGUCAGCUGCGUUCGUUUGAAGAAAGAGUGCAGCUCUUACCUUACGGGCCGGUCAUCUGCUGAUGGCUCUGAUCUCAUUCGAGUAGCCAGGUUCUCUCCUUCUACCGAUGGAGGCUCAGACGCAUAUGAUCUAGCACAGACUUCUGCCAGCAUGGAGAAAUAUCUAGACAUUCAAAAGCCACCGUUGGAUUCAUCCAAAACGAGGGCUACAGCUUCAGUAGCCCCCAUAGGCAAUGGCAUCUCGUGGGCAGAUGACUUUGCAUCUGGAAUGAGAGGUUUGUUCAACUUUGAUGAUAAAGUCUUCGAGUCGGUCUUUGCUAACACCACUCUUCUCUGGUAUCUACAGUAG